UUGAUAGUGAAUUAGAAAUUAUUGCUAAUGAAAAAAAUGCAUUAAUGAAGAAAAUCAAAAAACAUAAAGAUGAUGUAGAAAAAGAUAUUUUUGCAGAUAAAUAUGACAGAACUUAUAAAAGAGCAAAUAGAGAAGAUAUUAGAUUAGUAGAUUGUAAUACCAAUGGAUUUUUAUUUAGAGUAACAAAAAAAGAUUGUGGUUUAGUACAACAAGAUAAAAAAAAAUAUAUGACAGUGCGUAUGAAUAAAAAUGAAUUUUUAUUUACAACAAAUACAUUAAAAAAUUUAUGUAAACAAUAUGAUCAUUGUUUAAAUAUUUACAAUACAUUACAAUCAGAAAUCAUAAAUAAAACAAUAUGUGCUGUUUCUACAUAUACACCAGUUAUUGAAAAGUUUAUUGAUUUAGUAUCUACAUUAGAUGUAUUAAUAUCUUUUUCAGUCGUUUGUCAUAAUUCACCAUUUCCAUAUGUUCGACCAGUAAUAGUCGAUCAUGGAGAAAAUGUAAUUAUGAGAAAAUCACGUCAUCCAUUGUUAGAAUUACAAUAUAAUUUGAAUAACUUUAUACCUAAUGAUAUCCAUAUGAACAAAAAGAAUAGUAGGUUAAUUAUAGUUACUGGACCUAAUAUGGGAGGUAAAAGUACAUAUAUUAGACAAACAGCUAUUAUAUGUAUAUUGGCACAAAUAGGUAUGUUUGUACCAUGUGAUUUUUGUGAAGUUCCUAUUUUUACACAAAUUAUGUGCAGAGUUGGAGCUUCCGAUUUUCAAUUAAAAGGAAUUUCAACCUUUUUAUCAGAAAUGAUAGAAGCAGCAGCAAUUGUAAAAAAUGCUGAUCAAAAUUCUUUUAUUAUUGUUGACGAACUAGGUAGAGGUACAUCUACUUAUGAAGGAUUAGGUAUAAGUUGGUCUAUUGGAAAAUAUAUUUUAGAUAAUAUAAAAUGUUUUUGUCUAUUUGCUACUCAUUUCCACGAAAUGUCAAAUAUUGCAUAUCAAUGUGAAGGAGUUAUUAACAGACAUGUAGAAACUACAAUUGAUAAGGAGAAAAAGAAAAUUUGCUUUUUAUAUGAAAUUAAAGAUGGGGCUUCAAAUAAAAGUUAUGGAGUUAAUGUUGCUGAAAUAGCCAAAUUACCAAAAGAUGUUAUUCAAAAAGCUUAUGAAAAAGUAGAGGAACUUGAAUCAGCUGAAAAUAAAUAUUAUUUAAAAGAAAAAUUAAAUAUAGAUACUUCAGCAAGUGCUGAUGAAAAUUAUAAAAUGAAAAUUUCAAAUUAUAUGAAAAUAAAAGAUGAAAUUCACCAUUUAUUUUCAUCUACUAAUGAAAAUGAAUUUAUGGAACGAUUUCUUUCCAAAAAAAAUUAUUUAAAAGAAUUAGCUAUCUAA